CUAUACUUCUUACUUGUGUCUACUUCUGAUUCGAAAAACCAUCAAGUGAUUCAGAAAGUCUCUCAUGGCUGUGCUUCUCAUUCACACAAUCUCAUUAUCACUACUCAUUUUCUCAUCAUCUUUCACUCUCACAACAUCUCAGUCCAGCGUGUGCAGAACAUCCUGCGGGGACAUCCCCAUCAAGUAUCCCUUCGGCAUCGACGACGGAUGCGGAAGCCCAUACUACAGACACCUUUUUGCAUGUUCCAACUCGGGAAAACUCGAACUCAGAACCCCUUCGGGAAGAUACCCGGUUCGCAACGUUAGCUACGCUGAUCCACACGUUGUGGUGACCGAUCCCUUCAUGUGGAGCUGCGAGGAUGGUGAGAGGUUUCGUCCCACUAGACCCUUCAGCUUGGACAGCAGCACCCACUUCAAGCUCUCUCCUCAGAACGAGUACAUGUUCUUCAACUGCAGUGAGGACAACGUCAUCAUUCAGCCCAAGCCCAUGUUCUGCGAGCAUUUCCCUGAACACUGUGACUCUUCCUGUGACAGUGCUAGCUAUCUGUGCAGACACUUGCCUGGGUGCUCCUUUGCGCUCCCUCGCAGUACUUGUUGUUCGUACUAUCCCAAAGCCACCGAGUCUCUUAGGUUGAUGCUUAAGUAUUGCACCAGUUAUGCUAGCGUUUAUUGGAAGAACGUUGGUGCUCCUAUGUCUGAUGAUCAGGUUCCGGAAUAUGGUAUCAGAAUUGAUUUUGAUAUACCUGUUACCACGCGCUGCCUUCAGUGCCAGGAUCCGUUGAAAGGAGCUGGAAUUUGUGGAUUUGACACGCGGAACCAGAGCUUCACGUGUCUUUGUAAGGAUGGAAACUCCACAACUCAUUGCAAAGAUUUUGACAUUGCAAGGCACAAUAGGAGGGUCCAUGUAAUAGCAGGGACAGUUACGGGCGUUUCCGUUGCCGGUGCAUUUGGAAUUGGAGCUGCUGUUUGGUACUUGAAGAAAGUGAGAGCUAAAGCACCAGUCACAUGUGGUGUCCAAAGCAACGAAAAUAGGCUAUUCUGAAGAAAACCAAAUGAUGUGAACCAGACGACAUCUGUCUUUUGUUACUUUUUCAUUGUGUUUAUUUAUUUAUAUAUACCACAAUUAUACAGUCAUAGAAUUGGGUCCCAAUUUUUCCGAGUUUGAUAUGGUCUUCUUUACUAAUGUCGGUUUUAUGUAUAUAUAGUCUAUUAGAGAGAAAGUACUCUGCUGGAGAAUCAUAUCCUUUACACUUUUUCUUACAACAAUCCUUACGAAACGAAUCUAGCAUGUGUCACAAUUCUACAAAGGAGUUAAUUGGCCUACUCUGAUACAUGACUCCAAAUCGAGUCUUCGGGAAUCAACCAAAACAAGAAAAGCGAGAGAGAAACAUACAAAUGCAGCAUGCAAGACAAAACUAGCACGGUUUACCAACAACACAAGUUAGGGGACCUGCGUUUAGAGUUAUAGAAGGCACCAAUGAAGCAGGUGCAGCAGUAAAAGAUUGAGAAGGUGGAUAGUUUGGGUCACAACUUCCAUAGCCUGAUGGAACAAAAUAAGCACCGUUUAGGAAUGCAUCCUUAGAAGACCUCCAUUUCCAACUCUUCAAUUUUCCCUUCAUUUCCCUUUUGGUAACCUGUCAUCCAAAGCCAAUUCAAUUUGUACUGCCAUGUAUUAAUGGGAUAUGGUGUUUCAUUUCAUGUUACUUUGAUUGUAUCCUUUUCCUUACCUGUUUUGAAGCAGGGUUAUUCGGAGCUACAUAGUAGUUUGCUUCACUUAGAAUGGUUGGGUUAGAACUCCCCCCUAUGGCAUACAUCUUCCACCCAUCAUAUUUGUUGUUCACCACAUGGGCAUAACCAAAUCUCACCCUGCAUGAAUACAAACAAGUUAAUAGAUAUACCUUUUUUAAACCCGUUCUUUGGAAAUUCAAUCUAUAAAAUACACUCUCACCUUGGCAUCCUCUCAAUUAGACCACUACCAAAUCGGUUGAAGGCAAUUGUUACUUUCAUUAUUUUAUCUGCUGUGUA